UUUUGAUUAAAUCAGACAAUGCAACAGAAUGCUGAAUUCUUUUUUUAUAAAACUUGUUUUCAGAUUUUUUUUGUUCAAGCUUUUUUUCCUAAAUAAAAACUUUGAAUUCUAACUAAAACUAGAGGCUCUAUGUAACACUUAGAAAUCUGGUUAUCUACGAGUUUACAUUUUGAAAAAUUUUUAUUUAAUGAGAAAGACGUGCCUAAAAUACUUUUUCACAGUGCAAUUGUAACAAAGAUAUUACUGUUCUUUCAUUAGAGUGUAAAAGCGAAAAAAGUUUCCAGAUUGACGAACUGGCCCAAAAAUUUAGAUAUCAUUUCGAUUGUAGAACUCAGUAUAAAAAUUCAGAAUGCUUAGUAAAGUAUCCACAAUCUCUUCCCCUGUUUCUUUUUCUGAAAAGCCGGAUGCUCGUGAUACCGACGAACAAGCUAUCAAAUUCAAUGAAAUUGUUGAUUUAUUAGUCGCGGCUGGAUAUUUUAGGGCCAGAAUCAAAGGAUUGUCAGAUUUUGACAAGGUCAUUGGUGGUAUAACUUGGUGUAUCGAGUCAUGUAAUUUCGAAAUAAACGUUAAUUUUUUAUUUCAUGAAAAUCUUACAAUAGGACAGAAAAUUGCUUUGACAGAAAAAAUUGUCUGCAUGUUAUUGAAAAUGAGCUGCCCUUAUCGAAUAGAGCCUCAUCAAGUGCAAGGGUUAGAUUAUAUUCAUAUAUUUCCCGUUGUUCAGUGGCUUGUAAAGAAAUCUAUGGAAACAAGAAAAGAAUCUGCUGGCUUCGUAAGAUUCUUAUCUCACUAUCACUUUCAUAAAACUCGUAUGACAUUUGAGCGAGACUCUCAUGAAUUAUUUAAUGAUAAAGAUAAUAAAGAUUUUCAUACUCGAAUAACAAAAUAUGCUUAUGCACCUCGAAGACGACUAAAAAGAGAUUCACCACCGGUAGCUCAAGUCUCAAAAUUGAAAAGCGCCAUAUUAGAGUAUGGAAUUUCUUCAUUCCCGAUGACAGCAUAUAAAAAUCUAGACAUCCUAGAACAAGAUCUUAAUCAUAUAAAAGUUAAACCAAUGUCAGUCAUUAACGUUGAAACUGAAUCUCAGAAAUUAUCUGGGAAUGUAAGCGGUUUAGAUGAAAUGUUAGUCGGUGAUAUUAUAAGCUCACAAAUUAGUGAAAUAAUGGAAACUGAGGGGCGUUAUUUUACGUCAUGUGCUAAUACAAAGGACACUAUUGGCGAUAAUAAAUUAUUAGUUGCACUAGAGAACAAAAAAACAAGUUUGUUAAACCAGAUAUCACAAGUUAAAAGAGACAAAAAUAAGUUAUUUAAACAAACUGUAACGUUAAUUGAAAAUUCAAAUAAGAUUGCGGAAAAUCAGCUUAUGAUAGAAAAAAACUUUACAGAACUAAUGAAGUUCAAAUCUAUUGAUAAUAACAGCAAGUUAGAAAAACUCGAGCAACUAAUUGCCGUUCAUAUGAGCUUGAAAGAUCAAGAGAACAAAUUUCGUGAACAAUGUAAAAAAGAUGUGACUUAUCUGCAAAAAACUUGCGGUGAUACUAAAGAUUGUGCGUCUAUCAAAGAGCAUAGUUAUGUUACAGAAUACGAUGAAUUUAAGCAAUCAAUUAACAAGAUUAGACUCAAUUUAGCAAAAAAAAAUCGUGCUUGUGUGUUGUUGACACGACAACUAGACGACGUACCACGCCGAUUUGAAUUGACGCAAUAUCAACGUCGAUUUAUGGAACUGUAUAAUCAAGUUUCAGCGAAACAUAAAGAAACAAAACAAUACUAUACUUUGUACAACACAAUGGAUGAUAGUAAACUAUAUUUGAGUAAAGAAUUGUCUCUCCUGAACUCAAUUCAAGAUAACUAUAUUAGGGUUAUCUCCUCAAGUGGAAGAGAACAAUUUUUGAAACAAUUUGAAAUAAUUGUUAAAGGUAUCAAGAAAAAUAAAGAAAAGGUUGAAAAAAAAUGUUUGAAAGAAAAGAACAGACAAUAUAGUCUGAGCAAGCAAUUUGUAGUGUUCAUGGAGCAACAACGAAAGUACAUAACUGCAGUUCAGCAACUUACAAUUGAGUGUCGCAAAAAUGAAGCUUUACUUGAUCAACUUCGAGUUAUUUAAUUUCAAAUAUAACAAGAAGUUGAAAAUUAUUGGAACAGUACGCUUCCAAAGCUCUUGCUAGUGAAGAAGGGGUUUUUUUGUUGAAUCCGAUCACCAGUAAAGGACUUUCCACUGAAAACUAAUUUUCAUUAAAAUGAAAGUGGUAGCAGAGCUUAAAUUACAAAUUAAUUAGAUAAUCUUUUAUCGCACCUGAAAAUUUUCAAAUUUUCUUUUUUUUUUUAUGAAAAAUGACUGAAUACUUCAGUUAUUUUGACAAUAAAUUUAGUGCCGCUUUAAGGAGGUUAAUAAAUUAAAGUAGUGUUUGAAUUUUUUCGUUUGAAAAAAGAUAUGGUAACAGUGCAUUGUUGAGUUUUUGUACGAUUUCUAAAAUAUGAAUUUUAAUACAGUUA